AUGGUGGUCAUCGCUACGUCAUGUGCCUGUCUGAUGUUCCUCCUGUACGCUUCAAGUGUUCACGGAUGUGGUAGGAGUGGGAGCUCAGACUCAGACAGCGAAGGUGUGUUGAAGUGCAGCGGCACGUCCAGUGAAUACGUCAAAGGUCUCGAAAGGAGUUCUAGAGGCAACCCCGACUCAAUUCUGUUGAUAGAGGAGGCAGUCUGCUCUAAUGCUCCAAGUCCGUACAGAAGAGACCAUACACAGAUCUUCUUCGCCGACUGGGAACACAGUUUUGACCGUAACUAUAACUGGAAUACCUGCCCUGAUGGAUACUUCGUACAGGGAUUCUACUGGACAGGUGGAGAAAGACUUGGAAAUAUACGAGACGGCCGUUGUAUGAAGCCAGCGUCACAUCCAUACCAUUAUGGCCACUGUUACGAUAAAGAUGUAUCAGUGUCAUUUAACUACAGAGGAGUCAGUGAAUGCCGUGAUGACUACUUCGUCACUGGUCUCUAUCGUGGAAGUUGCGAUCAACUAUAUUGUAUCGAAAAAAUGAGGUGCUGCAAUAUGGCACCCCGGCCGGAUACAAUCAAUUCUCUGUCACAAGCUAAGAUUAGAGUUAUGGACAAUACAAUGUCUGACAUUGCCACCCUGGCUCACUAUCUGGGCUACGGCUGGUGCGCAAGUUGCCGUGCUCCGUAUGUCGGUGAAGAUUUCCGUCGACAAGGCGACACUUGGCAAGCAGACACGACAGAACCUUGUUCCGGGGCUUUGAGCCACCAUCGUCUAAGUAUGAACUAUGGACAUUGGAAAUUUUCCAUCAAGAAUAUGACAUUCGGCACCCCAGUGCUACAGAGCUUGCAGCCGGAAACAGUUGACACUGGUGUAGUGAACAAUGAGCUUCCUUAUGACGUCACGCGUGUCAUAACGCGCUCUGCUGACGUCAUUCGUAGCGUAACCCACACCGCGACCUCGGAGUGGCGGCGCUCACAUGAGCUGGGCCUCACUUUUGGUUACUCAUCUGUAGGUUUCUCCUCCAGCGCCGAGUACAGAUUUACAUACGGGACGUCUACAACCACAUCAGAUUCAACAGGACGGACACAGGCAGGGUCGUUCACAGUGAAGGAGUCUCUCACUGUACCCGCCUAUAGCGCUGCUAAUUUUACGAUAAUUAUAUCCCAAACUCGAAGAACUGUGUCUUACACGGCAACAAUCCUUAUUCAUUUUUCCACAGAGCUCGGAGGGUUCAUGAGAUGGGGACGAGGCCCCGAUGGAAGAUUAACAAAUUGCCAUUACCAACACAAAGGCAGCGAGAGGCGACCAACGGUUCAUUACAGGUUUGGAAAUGCCAGGGUACCCUUUUACGAAGCCCUGAAGGAGGAGAGCGACUCUCUCCAGCGUCCGUGGCUGUGGGCAGACAUGAAGCAACGAUAUACAUACGGCCAGAACGUGAUAAACAGACUCACCAGGGAGGGACGCUACGAGUUUACACUCACAGGCAAGUUUGACGAUGUGGCUGGCAAUGACGUACAGAUACAAUGGGGAGAACCGUACCCUAUGCUGGGAAGACACAAGAGGUCUGCGCACGCGCACGCCACCGGCUCUGCCAGGGUCAGUGACAAAGCUCCCCACAAAGUGGUCAUUCACGACGCCGAGGUUGAGGUCAAGAAAGUAGUAGCGACCGAGAAACCUGGAGACCCGCCAAGCGAGUUCCCGCCGCCUCCAGUAGUCGCCCUUGACCCUGACUCAGUUGUUGACCCUCCCAAGGAAAUCUCAUCGGACUAA